AUGUCCCUUGAGCCGACGUUGCAGGGGCUGUUGCAGUCAAAACUCCAAUGGAUCUUUGUGGGCGGCAAAGGCGGUGUGGGCAAAACGACCACCUCUUGCGCCGUGGCAACCCUUUUUGCCUCAACGCCAAUUUACGAUGAGGCGACGAAUACGACACGCCCGCGUCGGGUGCUACUUAUUUCCACUGAUCCCGCGCACAAUCUUAGUGAUGCCUUCAGUCAGAAGUUUGCUAAUACGCCGACGCCCGUGAAGGGCAUGGAAGAGACACUCUUUGCGAUGGAAGUGGACCCUACAAAUCUCAUACACACGGGGUUUGGCGCCAUGCACAGUGCUGCGGUUGACGCUUCAACGGGUACGAACGCGCCAUCGCCAUUCGUUGUGCUGGGAAGUAUUCUAAAGGAGGCGGCGGGCACGCUACCUGGAAUAGACGAGCUCUCCGUGUUUGCGGAAAUUUUGCGUGGGGUUCAGCAACUUUCUUAUGACAUUGUUAUUUUUGAUACCGCGCCGACGGGUCACACACUGCGGCUUCUUGCUCUGCCACACACCGUAAACUCGACAAUCGAGAAGCUGUUGUCGCUAGAGGGGCUGGAAUCCUUGAUCCGUGCCGCGUCCACGCUUUUGUCUGCUUCAACCAGCCUUGGAGACGUGUCGUCGCUGAUGCCUGCCGUUAACAAGUGGCGGGAAAGUGUGCAGGAGGUGCAGCGGCAGUUUACGGACGCUGAAAAGACGGCCUUUGUGUGUGUCUGCAUCCCGGAAUUUCUUAGCGUCUACGAGACAGAGCGCUUGGUGCAGGAGCUGAUGAAGUACGACAUCAGCUGUGAUAGCAUUGUGGUGAAUCAGCUUGUUCUGAAGCCGUCGAGCGAGCCAGCCUGUCGUAUGUGUAUGUCUCGACAGAAGAUACAGGCAAAGUAUUUGGCACAAAUUGACGCUCUCUACGAGGACUUCCACGUGGUGCGGAUGCCGCUGCUGAGCGAUGAGGUGCGUGGAAUCCCUGCACUGCAGCGAUUUGCGCGGUUUCUGGUGGAGCCGUAUGAUGCUGACCGUCAUGGGUACAUCGACGUCUGCGGGGAUGCGCCGUAG